CUCAGUUCUCAUAGCACAUUCAGUUCAAGGUGCAGAGGAACACCUGGAACACGCCACUGAUCCCUCCCCACGUCUUUGCUUUACUUUGUUCUUUUCCUGGUUGUGUCAUCCACUUCAGUACUCCCCUACACAAUUCACUUUCACACCGGGACCAAGCCUAGAGAUCCAUUCAUGGAGCUUAUGGAAGGGAAGAUCUCAUGGAAAAAACUCCUCACCUUCUUCCUCUUCAGCUUCGUAUUCAUCUCCUGCCUCUUUGUUUCUCUUCGUCAGUUCAGGACUCCCAAGCCAGAACAUCACAGUUCCCAUCUGUCUACUCAAAUGCAUCCUGCUGAAAAUACCAGCACCCCACCAAAGAGUGAUCACAGGCUGACCAUCCUGCUGUGGAGUUGGCCCUUUGGGCAACACUUCAAUUUCAGAAACUGCUCAGAGUUAUAUGGCACACCAGACUGUUACUUCACUGUCAACCGCAGCUGGUCCCAAAAGGCAGAUGCUGUCAUUAUGCAUCACAGGGAUGUGUGUUGGGACACAAAAAGACUGGCCCAGAUCCCCAGACUCCCAUCCCAGCGCUGGAUCUGGUUCAACAUGGAGUCUCCAAGUCACUCUCCAAACUUAGGUGCCAUGGACAACCUCUUCAACCUGACUAUGUCAUACCGAAGAGAUUCAGACAUCUUCAGCCCCUACGGGGACCUGCAGCUCCUCAGCCAGCCCCAGCCCUUCAACAUCCCAUCCAAGACCAAGAUGGUAGCUUGGGUAGUGAGCAAUUGGCAAGUGGGCUCCCACCGGGUAAAGUACUACCAGGAGCUGAAGAAAUACAUCACUGUGGAUGUCUAUGGGCAGCAUCACUUGCCCCUGCCCAGUGACAAGCUUCUUCCCACUGUGUCCCAGUACAAUUUCUACUUGGCCUUUGAGAACUCACAGCAUGAAGACUACAUCACUGAGAAGCUCUGGUGGAACGCUUUGUCCUCUGGCACUGUCCCUGUUGUGCUGGGGCCGCCCCGAGAAAACUACGAGCGCUUCUUGCCCCCUGACUCCUUCAUCCACGUCGAUGACUUUCCCAGCGCCAGUGACCUGGCACGGUACCUGUGUGAGCUGAGCAGGGACACUGAGCAAUACCAGCGCUACUUUCAGUGGCGCAAGUGGCUGAAGCCUGUGGCAGGGACUGGCUGGGCCCUGCAGGUCUGCAGAGCCUGUCACUUCCUGCAGACAACAGAGACCAGAUACCAGGUUGUGCCCGAUCUGUCUGAGUGGUUUGUGUAACUGCUGUUUGCUCAGCUCUCUGCUCUGUUGUGAUCAUUUUGUCCUUGCUGGGGUUGCAAUUCUGUUGGCGAAAUAGCAAUAUAUAGAUCAUAAACCUAGGACUUCGUACUGUGCAAAAGUGGCACUGAAAGUGGCCACCACAUUGUGUGGCUGCCUGCUGCUGCAGGAUGGCCAGGUCCUGACCCUGCUUUGCCUCAGGCCCUUCCUGACUGCCUUUGGGGUGCUGCAUCAGGAUGCUCAACAGGCUGGAAACUAUUCACUUUAUUUUACA